AUGUACCUCUUCGCCGCCGCUUGCUACAACGUCGGCCUGAUCAUUACCAUGGAGAAAACGGUGGUUAUGCACCAACCGCCACCGAACGCUGCCUACAAUUCACCUCAGAUCAACGUGAACGACGCCCUACUGCAAGUCGUGGACACCUUCACUUACCUGGGCAACACCCUUUACCGCAGCACCAAAAUCGAAGACCAAGUGGCCCGCCGGGUCUUUAAAGUCGGCCAAGCCUUCGGUCGUUUUCAGAAAACCGUCUGGCAUCGUCAUUGUCUCCAUCUCAACACCAAACUGGAGAGCUGCAAAGUGUUCAACCUGCCGGCAUUGCUGUAUGGGGCGGAGACCUGA